GUUCUGUCGGCCCCCGUCGUCUGGCUGCUCUCCGUUGGAAUCGCAUCACCUCGCUCUAGACAUACUUUUCAUCUUCGUUGUUUAUACUUAAUAAUCCUCUUUUUUAUCUACUCCAGUGUAUUUUUCUUGUUCAUAAGUGUAUCUAUUUCGUUCAGCGCUUUGUAUUUCUUCUGUAUAUUACGUGUUUUUGUGCAUAUUCCAUCGUUUUCGACGCGGCCGUCGACGGACACCACGCCGCUUCGUUCGCCGCUCCCGGGGUCACCCUCAGAAGCCACAUGACGGGCGGUACAACCUGCUGUGUACCGGGCUGUGCCCACACCACUCUCACUGCCAAGCAUGUGUCCUGGAAUCGCUUUCCGAAGAACAGCCAUCUACGCAACAUUUGGGUACAGCGAAUCAACAGGAAAGGUACCACUGGACGGUUCUCUCUGUGGACGCCAACCUCUGACAGCAGAAUAUGCGGCGCUCAUUUUAACGAAACUGGGAGAAAGAAGUACGAGGACAAAGCUCCCCGGUUUUUUCCAACCAGGACAUUUCCGAAGUAUGUUGCGGCCUGCCCAAAGGUCCCAAACAUGAUCUGCGCAAGGAAGCGCCAUGCGCUGCAGCCGCUGCCGGCCUACUUUCUGUCGGACCUUGACCUGGCACAGACCGUGACCCUGCCUGCUAGCCAGGAGCCAGCACAACCCGGCAGCCCCUUGGCCUCCGCUGGUGCCCCUGACACUGAUGAUGUAAUAGCUAGCGACCACCAGUACAGCAUCACAGGAUGUAUCGAUCAAGCCCUGCGUGAUCGCAUCAGGCAGCUAGAGGAGCUCGCUUCUGCAAACGAGAAACUGCGCAAGGACAACGACCGUCUACAGAAAGAAAAUGAAGCUCUGCGGAAGAAAGUAGCCCAUCUUGAGGAGAUGUAUGACAAAGCAGAGGAGGUCAUCGAUGCUACAAUCCCCUUUCAGAACUUCACGCUCACAGCCGUGCAACAGGACCCAAAGAAACUGGCCUUCUACACGGGAUUCGACUCCCUGGAGAGAUUUCUCGCCUUUUACAAGUUUGUUCAGGCAGGUUAUGAAGCUCACAAGGAAAGUCAAGGUCCGCAGAGAAGGUCACCUUAUCUAUCCAUGGAUGAUCAGCUGCUGCUCGUGUUGUCCCGCCUGAGGGUGGGACUUUUGGAGCAGGACCUUGCAUACCGGUUUCGUAUCCACAUCAGCACAGUCAGCCGGGUGUGGACAUUCUGGAUUGGUUACCUAGCGGACUACCUUGCUCAACUCAACUACUGGCCGUCGCGACAGGUUGUGAACAAGCACAUGCCGGAGUGCUUCAUCGAGGCGUAUCCAUCGACGAGAGUCAUUCUGGAUUGCACGGAAAUCUUCAUCGAGACACCUAGCGACUUCAGGGUGCAGAGUGAUACCUACUCAAGCUACAAGUGCCACAACACUGCCAAGGGACUGCUGGGCAUCACCCCCAAUGGGUUCGUGUCGUUCGUGAGCGACCUUGCCCCUGGCCGCGUCUCUGACAAAGCCCUGACCGCAUGUUCCGGGCUAUGCAACCUUCUUGAGCCCGGAGACUCUGUCAUGGCGGACAGAGGCUUUUUGAUCACUGAAGAGGUCGAAGCUGCAGGGGCUAACCUGAACAUUCCACCUUUCCUUGGGGGAAGGCUACAGCUCUCCCUGGAGGACGAAGCGAAAACUAGGGCGAUUGCGAAGGUCCGGAUCCACGUGGAACGAGUGAUUGGACAAAUGAAGUGUUUUCGAAUCUUGAGGGGUACUUUCCCAAACAGUAUGAGCAAGAGCCUGGACUCUAUCUGGAAGGUCUGUGCUUUGCUGUGCAAUUUCACGAGAGAGCCACUGCUCAGUCGAAGCUAGAGCUGCAGUCUUGUGGCUUCGUAGAUGGUCGUGGAGAAAAAAGAGGCCAUAUCUCUCUAUCUAGCUCACUUCAGCUCCGGCAACUUUUUGUGCCCACACGCCCUCAUGACCCAUGACGACCAUUAGCACCGACUACGGCCCUCGGGACUUUCCUCUACCCAACGAAAUGGACUCACAACCCACCGAGGCCACGCUGGCUUCUCCCGCUGUCUGAAGCUUACCGCUCAAUGCACCACCCACAGCCGGUGCAACCACUCCUGCCGUCACGUCGCUUCUUGAUGCACCACUUGUUGCCGCGUGAAUUCAACCUGCG